GGUGUACUUAGAUUUAGGCCCGGCUCCCUGAUGUGAAAGCCCCCUUGAGUAAUAUCUGUGUUCAUGCACAGUGGUGUCAGUUCCAUGUUGGUUUCAUCUGCCUAAUGCAGCUGAGCUGAGGACAGUUUUUACUUCCUCUUUGUAUAUCACAGUCUCUUUCAUGACACUUGAUGAGUCAUCCAAAAUUGCAAAACUGUGGACCUUUGUAGCCAAUGGGGUUGUGUUGAUAAACCUUUAUGAGGUGAUUGGUGGCUCAGAGGCCAACAGGACAGUGUGAACAGAUUUAAAAGGCGCCACUGUAGAACCAGGAGGGCAGUCAUUGGAAGAGAUGGGUGGCAUAACACGUCUUCUCCUUUUGCUGUGGGCCGGUGUCACAGUGAGCACCGUGGUGGAUCUGCAGAAGAGAAUUAUUGGAGGUCGAACAUGUGGACAAAAUGAGCGUCCUUACCAUGUGAGGUUGAGGAUAACUAAUGGUGCCCAUAGUGGGUUUUGUGGUGGCUCUCUGAUCAAUAACCAGUGGAUUCUGACUGCAGCACACUGCCAGAAGCCAGGACGGACUAUGUAUGCAACUUUAGGUGUGCAUCCAGGUCCUGGACAAACAGUGCAAAUCACAGCACCACCCGUGAUCUAUACUGACAACAACGGCGCCAGACAUGACAUCAUGCUGCUGAAGCUACCUAAGGCUACUCAGAUUCAACCUGUACCACUUCCCGACUGUAACAAUCGUCCCAGAGUAGGUGAUGCAGUUCAGAUUGCAGGUUAUGGAGCAGUUAAUGCAGGCCAUAACAAUAAAAGAGUACCUGGGAGAGCUAAUACCCUCCAAUGUGCAGACACCACGGUUGUUGACUGUCAGAGGCUGAGAGACCUGAAAGUGUCUGAAAACUCGCCAAGACUGUCUCAUUACUGGUUCUGUGGCCAAAGGGCUGGAGUGGAUACAUGUCCAGGCGACUCUGGUGGAGGAGUGGUGUACCACGGCAAGAUCUACGGUGUCCAUUCAUUCACUGGUGACCCGGAUUAUGCCUGUCAAGAAGCAGCUGGCUUUAUGGACGUCUGUGCAUACAUCCGGUGGAUCAGAGAUACCAUUAAAAAACCAAGGAGAUGUCUGAAUUGUUAUCGUGGUUAACCGUGAAAUGUCCUGUCAUUUCA